AUGGCCUCUAUUUCAGUAAGCAAGAAUGCACUACUAGCGGGAAUAGGAAAAUCAUACAGCGAUGAUGAAAUGACCGAUGUUCUUUUUGACUUUGGGCUAGAAUUGGAUGAAAUUUCAGUUGAAGACAAUGAGGUGCAGUAUAAAAUAGACAUACCGGCUAACAGAUACGAUCUGCUGUGUUUAAAAGGGCUGAUAUAUGGGCUUAGAUCAUAUAUUGACUGUGUUCCUGGAAAGGUCCUUGAGAGUAAGAAGACUGUUGAGUCUGUAGAUGGAGUUAGACCAGAAGCUAGGCCAUAUAUUAAAAUGGCAAUUCUAAAGGGCGUUAAUUUGGAGAAUGGUGGAUACUCUGAUCUAAUAAACUUCCAGGACAAGCUGCACCAGGGCUUGGGGCAAAACCGGCGUCUAAUGGCCAUUGGAACACAUGACUACGACAAAACCACCCGGCCAUAUACAUACACAGAGAUGCAUGAGGAUGAGAUUAAGUUUACACCACUUUCUCAGAGCAGAGAGUACACAAGAAAAGAGCUGGACGACCUUUAUAAAGCAGACAGCAAGCUGAAGGACUACUUGAAUCUGGCGCGAAAGAAUGGGAUGGUUCCAGUGGUGCUUGACAGUAAGAAAAAUAUUCUGUCACUUCCUCCUCUUAUAAACAGUGAGCUAUCUAAAAUAACGGAGAAAACAAAGAAUAUUUUCAUUGAAAUCACAGGAACCGACUUGGGAAGAGUGUCCACGGCAAUGGACCUUCUUCUGCACCAUUUCUCUGAGGACAAAACAGAGAUUGAGGAGAUACUUAUAGAUAACGGAAGUGAGUAUCAAGAAGAAACAAAGAAGAUUAGAAUUACACCAGAAAUAAUUAAGAAGGAGCUCACACUAGAUCUAACACUAGAUACAGUCCAGACCUAUAUGAAACGAAUGAUGCACCAGGUAGAAGUAAACAGCAGCCAAACAGAGUCAGGCUGGAGCAUAGAUGUAAUUCCUACUAAACUCCGGCCAGACAUUCUACACCAGUGUGACAUUAUAGAAGACAUUGCAAUUGCGCAUGGCUAUAAUAACUUUGCACGAACUCUAGGAAACAACUAUACAAUUGGAAAAGAGCUUCCUAUAAAUAAGCUGGCACAGAGCCUGAGAGAAGAGUGUGCAAGAGUGGACUACACCGAGCUAUUCACAAUGGCCCUUUUAUCCAUGGAAGACUAUUUCGGAUUUGGUGUAGACAGACAUAUUAAGGUGAAAAAUCCAAAGAGCAUGGAGUGUGAGGUUCUUCGGCAGCACCUAAUUCCCUCUGUUCUAAAGUGUCUUAUAUCAAACCAGCACUACCAGCUGCCAAUAAAGGUUUUUGAGGUAUCUGAUGUGGGCGAGUUCACCGACAGUGAUGUGGGAGUAAAAAAUAGCAAGCGCCUGUGCAUGGGAAUAUGUGGAAGAACUAGCAGCCUUGAAUUGCUCCAAGAGUCAUUUGAUGUGGUUAUGAAAAGACAAGGAUUUACUGUAGAGUAUAGAAACAAUGACAGCGCGCCAUUUGUUAAAGGGCGAUCUUGCCAAGUACUUUAUAAAGGAAAUAAAAUAGGAUAUCUUGGGGUGUUAGACUUAAACAUCCUUGCACACCACAAAAUGCCAUAUGUUUGCUCCUUUGUAGAGAUAUGUCUAAACAAAUUAAUAGAAUAGACAAUAAAU